AUGUUUAAUAAUGCUGGGAUUAUGCAUCCUAAAGAUGAUGACGCCCUUAGUACUGAAGAAAGCGUUUGGGAUUUAACAAUGGAUAUCAAUGUAAAGGGUGUCUGGUAUGGCUGCAAAUAUGCUAUUAUUGCCAUGCGUAAAAAUGGAGGAGGAUCUGUUAUUAAUACUGCCAGUUUCGUUGCCAUGAUGGGAGCUGCUACACCUCAAUUAGCUUAUACUGCAUCCAAAGGUGCUGUAUUAGCUAUGACUCGUGAACUUGCUAUGGUUCAUGCUCGCGAAAAUAUUCGAUUCAAUUCACUUUGUCCAGGACCUAUUCGUACGCCUUUGCUAAUGGAUUUUUUAAACACUACAGAGAAAAAAGAAAGAAGACUUGUUCAUGUUCCUCAAGGAAGAUUCGGUGAGGCUAUCGAACAAGCUUAUGGAGCAUUGUUUUUGGCUUCUAAUGAAAGCUCAUAUGUUACUGGUACCGAUUUCAGAGUAGAUGGUGGAUUGUGCUCUGCUUAUGUGACACCUGAAGGAAAGCCUAAUGGUCCUAUCAAUGAAUUUAUUGAAUAUUUAAAUGCAGAAGGUAUUUACUUACCUGAGGAUGGUCAACCUAUUGCAGCUAGUAUUGAGGAAAUCGAUUCCGAUGAAGAAAUCACUGAAUUUAAUGAUGAUAUAGAAGGAAGUACUAAUAAAUUACCUAAUUUUCCAGAGGUUGAGCAAGCAAUUAAAGAAGCAAUUUAUGAAUUUGAAGGGGCUGUGUUUCCCAAGUUAAAUUGGACUUCACCUCGAGAUGCAGCUUGGAUAUCAGCUACACAAACUUUAAAAUGCACUUCUCCUUUUGAUGUCUUUUUAUUACUGAAAUCAUCUGAUUUUAUCAAUCACGAUUUAAAUCAUGCAUAUGAAAACUGUGUCGAUGCUGAAGAGAAAAAAAGCGAUCAUGAAAAAAGUAGAUUUAAUCUCGUGCUAAGAAAAUGGUAUGAUUUACAGCCUUCAAUGGAAUUUAGAUGUUUUGUUAAAGAUCAAGAAAUUAUUGGCAUUACUCAAAGAGAUUUAAAUCAUUAUCCAUUUUUGAUUGAUGAAAAAAGUAAUAUUGAACAAUCCAUAUAUCAAUUCUUUGAAGAUGUUAUUCGAGAUGAAUUUGAAAGCAUUAACUACGUAUUUGAUGUUUACAUUCAGCGUAAUCGAAACAAAGUUUAUCUUGUAGAUUUUAAUCCUUUUAGUCCAUCUACAGAUGCUAUCCUAUAUGACUGGAAUGAGUUGAUCUCAUUUGAUUUGGAUACAAUAGAGCCUGAAAUUCGACUUGUUGAAUCUCAACAAGAAGCUAACAUUCUUUCUUGUAAUGCACCAAAAUUUGCGACAAACAUGAUUCCUAAAGAUGUAAUUGAUCUCUCUUCUGGUAAAUCAAUUGCUGAAUUUGCAGAAGAGUUUGAACGAGCAAUGAGACAUGCUGAAGAAGGAUAUAGCAGUACUAGUGAUGAAGAAGAAUAG